AUGAGUAUCUAUCGAAAUGUUAAAUGUGUUGUAGUAGGCGAUGGUGCUGUCGGCAAAACUUGUCUACUUAUGUCAUAUACUACAAAUGCUUUCCCAGGAGAAUACAUCCCAACAGUAUUCGAUAAUUAUUCAGCGAAUGUAAUGGUGGAUAAUGAACCUGUCAAUCUCGGUUUAUGGGAUACGGCUGGUCAAGAAGAUUACGAUCGUCUUCGACCAUUAUCUUAUCCUCAAACUGAUGUAUUUCUCAUUUGUUACAGUGUAGUUAAUCCAAUAUCAUUUGAUAAUGUUCGUGCAAAAUGGUUACCAGAAAUAAAAAAUAAUAAUGCCGAUACACCAGUCGUUCUUGUUGGUACAAAAUUAGAUUUACUUGAUGAUAAAAAUACGAUAAAUAAACUUUUAGCUCGAAAAUUAACACCAAUUAGUGCACAAAAAGGUAUCACGAUGGCAGAAGAAAUUGGUGCAGUUGCUUUUAUUGAAUGUUCAGCAUUAACACAAAAAAAUUUAAUACGAGUUUUUGAUAUUGCUAUACGAGCUGGUUUAGGAAAAUAUCCAAAAAUGAAACAACGUAAAAGACAUAAAUGUAUUUUAUCUUAA